GAGUUUAGCACUUUGCAACAUGAUCCGCGCACACCACGGAGAGGCCGGGCUCUGCGGUCGUUCAUCCUGCCGUCCCACCGCACCACAUGGAGACUGGAUAGAUCCACAGUGAACGGGGAAUGACAAAGAAAAGAAGGUGGACCAUCUUCCUCUGUCGGCUGGCUAUAUGAACCCGCACAGCAUCAGCAGCGAUCUGACCCAGCAGAGGCAAACCCAGAGAUGAGGGUGACGGGAAGUAGUACUGCUACCAGUGCUUAUUGCGGUCUGCGUCAAACCUCUCGCUCCUUCAGAAGAUAAUGCCCUCGGUGCCAUUUAAAGGACUUUGCGGGUUUAUUAUUUGCUUAUUACAGGGGUCCAUGUCAGUAGCCUGUCUCGUGGGGGAAAGUCCAGCAGGGACAGUGAUGGUCACCCCGUCUCCAGCCUCUCAGUCUCUCUCAACCUCUGCACUGUGAGGAGAAGCUCGUCCUGCCUGGGGGAGUGGGCUUGUGAAGGAAUAUGCAGAGAUAAAAACAAGUGUUGGUUGUUGUUGUUGUUGUUGCUGCUGCAUUCAAACCAGACCGAGCCUUAAUUGGAUUACCGGGUGUUGUUAACCAACAUGAACUCCUUGUUUUUCUCUGACAAUCCGCCCGGGCCGAUCUGCAACGUCCCCACCGGGUCGGGCGCGGUGACCAGCGCACUGCGAAAUGACCUGGGCUCCAACAUCCAUGUGCUGAAAACCCUCAACCUGCGGUUCCGCUGCUUCCUUGCCAAAGUCCACGAACUGGAGAGGAGAAACAAACUCCUGGAGAGCCAGCUGCAGCAAGCUCUGCUGAGAACGCAGUACCGCCACCUUUACGCCCGGGAUGUGGCCGUGCAGACGGACGGCCCCGAUUCCCGAUUGCCAGGCACCAUCUGGAGUUUCACCCACGUCCGGAGGCAAGGGGAGCGCUUGGAGACCCUGCGUGGGCCCGGGUUAUCGUGGUCGCAUCCGGAUGGAGUUGGGGUCCAAAUAGACACCAUUACCCCAGAACUGAGGGCUCUGUAUAACGUGUUGGCCAAAGUCAAGCGGGAGAGGGACGAGUAUAGGAAAAAAUGGGAGGAGGAGCUGUCAAAGCGAGAGCAGCUGGAGUCCACGGUGGAAUCAAUGCAGCAGAGCGCCCAGGAGUCAACCGAGGUCCAGGAUGAGCUGAGCGAGAAGGUGGACAAACUGAAGGCUGAACUUGUGGUCUUCAAGAGUCUUAUGACUGAUAGACGGCAAAUGUCUGACCUGGAUAGCCAGAUCCAGGAGAAAGCCAGGCGGGUGGACAUGGACAUCUGCAGGCGGAUCGACAUCACGGCCAAACUGUGCGAUGUGGCUCAGCAACGCAACUCAGAGGACAUGUCGAAGAUGUUCAACGUCAGUCCGGCCCGGUCGCUCCCAGAGAGGGGCGCUAUGGCUUGCUGUAGGAAAAAAGAGCGUAAAGCCAUUUCUGAUGAAGAGAGUUCAGAGAUGGAUGCUGAGCCCAGCCCUUCAGAGGAUGACGCCCCCGGGUCGCUCAACAUCACGGACGAAAUGAAACGCAUGCUCAACCAGCUACAUUGUUCAGAUAACUCCUUUGUUGCCAGGCGCGAGACGUUUGAAAUUGAUGACGACUGCGACAGUUUGACGUGGGAGGAAAACGAGGAGACUCUGUUGCUCUGGGAGGACUUCACAAACUACAACAUGCCGUGCACCGUCACUGCAACGCCCAGCACAACCGCCGGCCCUGCCGAUGGCAACGGUGAAGCCCCUGAUCCAGACUCCCAGGAUGGAAGUCUUGGCAGCCUCAUUGAUGAGACAGAGUCACUAUUUAAGACCAGAGAGCAGGAGUACCAGGAGACCAUCGGCCAGAUCGAGUUGGAAUUGGCCACAGCAAAGAGUGACAUGAACCGACAUCUGCAUGAGUAUAUGGAGAUGUGCAGCAUGAAGCGAGGCCUGGACGUGCAGAUGGAGACCUGUCGGAGAAUGAUUAAAGGCGGCAGGAACUCUCCCUCUGUCAGCUCUGUGGCCAGCAGCGACUCAGGGAACACAGACGAGAUCCAGGAUGAGAUAUCGGACAAGGACGCAGAGGCUGAAGUCCCUGUUAGUUGAUGGCUGCAUAGCCGGGCGCUGGCCUCUCUCUUCCUGAACUCCCCUCGUUGUCACAGGGGUCAAAUGUGUACAGAGGUCCACCCUGCUAGAAAGGUGUAGCAACCUAAAUCUGGGCCUGUUUGACCUGUUAAAGUUCUGAUGGUUGUGCAAACUGAUGCAGGCCCAGAACUGAACUGGUGCUUUUAUACAAUAUCUGUUGUUUAGGAAGUGGUGGGGGCGUCUUUGCUUCACAGAGAGAACAGGUGCAAAUAGAGUUUGAGCUGUGCUGUCCUCCUCACUGCUGCCUCGCUGGA